AUUUUACUUUUUGCAAACCGCCAAUGAAACUUAAAAAGAAGAAGAAGAAGAACGUGUUAGUACCUUGGGCUUUUCUGUGUCUUAUCGCAGUUUUAAAAAUGGGCACUUUUUGAAGAACCCACAUCAAAGUAUUGUGUUAAAUCCAAUUUAUGAAGCAGUAGGUGCAUGGCAUGGUCGUUGCUUUUUGUCAGUUCUGACGAGGACAGCUGAGUGAUGUUGUUGGUGAGCUUGGAUUAAAUCAUCUCUAAACAAAGAACUUGUCCUCGUGGUGACUGACUUGGGGAGUGGAGGUCAGUGAGCCCAUUGUCUCUGCUGGUCCGACUCCAACUACAAAGCCGGCCCGCUCGCCCCCUCCUGAGUCUGAGAGGAGAUCCAGAGAGAAAGAAGUGAAAGCAGGCUGAAACCUCAGCACAUGGAUGAUAUCAACCAAAAACAUCCAGCACCAGCAAGUAAAGAUGAGCCAGCGGCGAUCCCUGUGGAAAAGACUUUUCCCGCUAUGAAACAGCCCAGAAGACGCAAGCGCGCCAACAGGGAGGACAGAAGCUUGAGCUGUGAUCAGUGUGGGAAGACCUUUACUCAGAUUGGUAACUUAAAAUCACAUCAGCUGAUCCACACAGGUGUGAAACCAUUCAGCUGUGAUCAGUGUGGAAGGACCUUUACUCAGAUUGGUAACUUGAAAUCACAUCAGCUGAUCCACACUGGUGUGAAACCAUUCAGCUGUGAUCAGUGUGGAAAGACCUUUACUCAAAAAUGCAGCUUAAAAACACAUCAGGUCGUCCAUACGAAAUUUAAACCAUUCAGCUGUGAUCAGUGUGGGAAGACCUUUACUCAGAGAUGGAGCUUAAAACAACAUCAGGUCGUCCACACGAAAUUUAAAGCUUUCAACUGUGAUCUGUGUGGAAAGACCUUUGCUCAGAUUGGUAGCUUAAAAUCACAUCAGCUGAUCCACACAGGUGUGAAACCAUUCAGCUGUGAUCAGUGUGGAAAGACCUUCACUCAGAGAUGGAGCUUAAAAACACAUCAGGUCGUCCACACGAAAUUUAAACCAUUCAGCUGUGAUCAGUGUGGAAAGACCUUUGCUCUGAGUUGGUGCUUAAAACAACAUCAGGUCGUCCACACGAAAUUUAAAGCUUUCAACUGUGAUCAGUGUGGAAAGUCUUUUACUCAGAAAGGUCACUUAAGGAGACAUCAUAUGAUCCAUGAUGGAGUUAAAUCAUUUGUCUGUGAUCAGUGUGGAAAGUCUUUUCAGGAUAGAGAUCACUUAGAGAGACAUCAGGGCGUCCACAGUGAAGUUAAACCUUUUACCUGUGAUCAGUGUGGAAAUUCUUUUAUUGGGAUUGAUAGGUUAAAAAGACAUCAGCUCAUCCACAGUGGAGAGAAACCAUUCAGCUGUGAUCAGUGUGGAAAGUCUUUUACUCAGAUGGGCAAUUUAAAAGCACAUCAGCUCAUCCACAGUGGAGAGAAAUCUUUCAGCUGUAAUCAGUGUGGAAAGUCUUUUGCUUACGUUAGUCAGUUAAAAAGACAUCAGCUCAUCCACAGUGGAAAGAAACCUUUUACCUGUGAUCAGUGUGGAAAUUCUUUUAGUAGGAUUGAUAGGUUAAAAAGACAUCAGCUCAUCCACAGUGGAGAGAAACCAUUCAGCUGUGAUCAGUGUGGAAAGUCUUUUACUCAGAUGGGCAAUUUAAAAGCACAUCAGCUCAUCCACAGUGGAGAGAAAUCUUUCAGCUGCAAUCAGUGUGGAAAGUCUUUUGCUUACGUUAGACACUUAAAAAGACAUCAGCUCAUCCACUCUGGUACUAAACAAUUUGUAUGUGGUGACUGUGGAAAGGCUUUUACUCAAAAGACUGGCUUAAAAUCACAUCAGCUCAUCCACUCUGGUACUAAACAAUUUGUAUGUGGUCAAUGUGGAAAGUCUUUUACUCACAUGUGUAGCUUAAACUCACAUCAGCGCACACACUCUGGAGUUAAAUCAUUUGUAUGUGGUCAGUGUGGAAAGUCUUUCAUCCAUAACACAGAUCUAUUGAAGCAUCAAAAGACUCACAAAGUGUCCUCCUGCGAGAAAAGGGGCAGACCAAUGGGACAUUACCAUGACAGGGUUCAUGUGAACACAGUGGGAGAAACAGGGGAUCUGAACAAAAGUUCUUCUGGAUGCUGCGUCAAACUUAAAAAGCUUGAGAUCAGGCUUCACAGAAUUCAGCUUUAAUUUCCUGAGAAAGUCAGAGCUUCACUAUGUCUUUGUAGAUCUAGUGAAACCAUGAAAAGGUGCAAAAAGAGGCACUGUGGUACUGCAUGAUGAAGUCAGAAGUGACAGAGAAGUAUGUGAGCCUGGUUCAGGACAUGUGUGUGUGGUAGCAGUGACUACCACACAUACUUGGGUUGAAGGUGGGGGGAGGAUUACAUCAAUUCUGAGCCCCUUCUUCCUUUUUCAAAGCGAGGGCAAUACUCAGGAAAGGAUGAUGACAAUAGAGCUGCAAGACAGGAUGGAAAGAAAAAGAGUUUAAGAGAAGAUCAUCAAUGUUGUGAAGCGAUUGAGCCGCGAUCACAAAAUCUUAGCUUAUGGAGUUAGUUAUCCCAAUACAAGUUUAGCAAGUUAAACUUCACUGUCUGUGUCCACAAACAGCAUACAGAGCAAACAUUACUCCAUCAUCUGAUCACAAGAAAAGCAAAAUGUCAGAACAGUUCACCUUCUGGGUCAAACUGUCAGACCUGUUACUGUUUAUUUGUCUGUUCUUCGUGAGGUAAUUAUCAGUGUCAGUGCUGUGCCACUUCUGUUGAAACUCACAUGAAAUGUGUUUUAAAUGGGCUCUAUUGUCUUACAAUAUUGUGUGAGUCUGUUUUGCUCCACAAAGACACAACCCCUCCUGCAAUGUUUAUUGUUACAGUAAAAAAUAAAAGGUAAAUUCAUAAAUUUGUGUCAUUUUUAAACAGGCAGUAUUUAGAAAAUUAAAUAUAUUUUUACCCAUGUGUAAAGUUUUCAGUGGUCUUUGUUUUCUUACAGGAUGUGUGUAGGGAUGGGUAUCGAAAACCGGUUCUUGUUGAGAACCGGUUCCCACUGUUUCAAUUCCUUGGAAUCGUUUGCCAUUUUUGCAAACGAUUCCCUUAUCGAUUCCAGUCGCCCCAAAUGACGUCAUCACGUUGUGGAGCGUCAUUUACCUGGCAGGAAACAUGGCGGCUCAAAAGCUCAAAAGUUUAUUUAUACUUUACGAGAACAGAUGAUAACACGGCAACUUGCAAUACUUGCAAUGUAGAUAUUUCACUUAAGGGAGGAAACACUACGAACCUGCAAAAGCAUUUGCUCACAAAACACGUGAUGACCUUAAAUGAAUGUCGUGUUUUUAAUUCCGCUCCGGACUCGUGAAUCUGAACUCAGCAGCAGCGGUAACGUUUGCACGUCCUCUCCCAUUAAUGCGGCAGGUAAAUAAUCAACUAACAGUGCAUAUUAUGUUAGCGCGAUCUGCUUUAUUACAAAACCUGCCAUUACUGUGCAUUUAAGUGACCGUGAUGAGAGAGACAGACAGAGUCUGGCUGGCUCAGAUGCUGGCAGUUCUCGCUGCAGUCCACCGGUAGCGUCUCCUUUCAGGCCAGGAUGAAUGUCACCGAGCAGUGACUAAGUUUGUGGUCAAAGCCUUGCACCCAUUUGCCCCCGAUUUUCGGUAAGUGAAGGUUUUUAAUUGUAGGCAGGGACAUUACUGGAUAUUCUUGUGUAAUUGCUACAGAAUAAUUUAUGUUAUAGUACAGAAGAAUAUUUAUUUUAUUAUUUUACAUUUACAUUUUUUUUCCUGGGGACCCUGUGACACCCCAUUGAAGGCUGGUUCUCUUGAGAUCGCACUGUUGGGUUUGUAAGGCCAUGUUCUAGCUGAAUGCAUCACAUUUUGUACCAGAAGAUUUACCAGCCUUUAGAAGACAGUGGUCCCGAACCAGAAAUGGUAAAGUCGCUGUGUAUAAGAGCAAGGAUGCAAGGAUAUGUUAUAGGGUCUACCUGACAAUAUAAAUGGUACUUUCCAUGAUUAAAUAUUAACAGCAGUAGCAGCAGCCUCACCAUUGAUUCAGAUUGAAUACAUCAUUUUCUCUGGGAGCAGGCCCGUCGUCUGGACGUGCUUUAUAUUUACAGCAUGGUGGGCAUCCAGGUGGGUGCUUAUAAAUUGCUUGCAAGUAGUCUUAAAAUGACACUUUGCAGAUCCCAGUGCCGACACUUCUCAUAAGCCUUCACCCUUGUGUACUUCUGAUCUGUGCUCACUUGACUGAAGUUGUUUCAGAUAGUGGUCCGUCUUGGAGCAGUACAGACAAUACACCUGUCGCUCCUCUGGCAUGAUGCUUGAUGAUGAAGGUAACUCAGGUGUGGUGCCACUUCCUAGCAAACCAGCACCAUGGAGAAUGUUUGUGGACCAUUUUGACCUUUUAUUCUUGCGCCCCAUCUUUCUGUGGGUCCCCAUUUGCUUUCACACCAUCUCCAAGGAUUUCAAACACAGAUUCCUGCAUCUUGUGGGCAUGUCGAUGUGCUAGGAGGGCAGGUUUUAUUGUGCACAAUUUCGUCUAAAGAAGUAGAGGAGAAAUAUCUGUUGUUUAAAAGGAUUUAAUUAAAUAAUAUGUGUAUGUUAAUAAAAAAAACAUACACUUCACACCAAAGCCUUAACUCUCGCGGCCUGGUACCAAACGACUUACGGACCGGUACCGGUCCGUGGCCCGGAUGUUGGGGACCUCUGCUUUUGGGUUGAAUAUACUGUGUUACACUUGAAUAGUUUCUAAGAUCAUAGGACCAUUUGCUGUUAACACCAUAAAUAAUACAUAGUGGCCAUCUUUGUCACAUUCUGAAAUUGGACCAUUUCCAUUAAAAUUAUUUUUGAAGAUACAUAAACCAGCUGAAUGCUCUGACCCAUGGGACAUCCAAAGAUCAGAUCUCCAAUGCGACCUCCAAAAGUUAGG